GACGAGAGAAAUUUAUGAGGAGAAUAGACGCGAUUUUCGCGUUUCUUUGAGGAUUUAAAAACGAGAAUCUUGCCUGCAAUCAGAAGUACUGCCCGCAUUUUUACCCCGAGGAGGUGAUUCGUUAUUACUUCGGACUGUUUCAGCCACACCCAUAAAGUGAUUGAGACCUUCAGUGAAGCUCCUCCUACAACAAUUCACCAAUAAAUGCUGGAGUCAAACACACAGAGAAAUCACUCUAUGUGUGACAACUGAAAUCUUCAUGACAUAAUGUUGAUGCUGGUGAAAGAGGAGCUUGAGAAGGUGACAGAUCCACAACCAUUCAGAAUAAAGGAUGAAGAUACUGAGGAACAAAUAGAUAUGAUGAAAGUGAAAGAGGAGAGUCAAGCUGAAGUGGAUGAGAAACAUCAGAUUGUAAAAAUAAAACCUAAUGUUUUAGAGAAAGAAACUCUGAAGACAGAAGACAUAAAGUGUGAAAAUAGUUUCAGAGAAGAUGAACGCCCUGCAGAUCACAAGAGGACUCACAGUGAGAAGAAACCUUUCACAUGUCAACAGUGUGGAAAGAGUUUCAGAAGAAAAGAUCACCUUAAAGCACACAUGAGGAUUCACACUGGAGAGAAACCUUACACAUGCCAUGAGUGUAAAAAGAGCUUCAAAACUGCAUUUGAACUUAAGAUACACAUGAGGUCUCACACAGGAGAGAAACCUUACACUUGUCAACAGUGUGGAAAGAGUUUCAGAGUAAAUCCUACCCUUAAAGUACACAUGAGGAUUCACACUGGAGAGAAACCAUAUGUGUGCCAUCACUGUGAAAAGAGUUUUACAACUCCAUUUGAACUUAGGAUACACAUGAGGACUCACACUGGAGAGAAACCUUACUAUUGUUUUCAGUGUGGAAAGAGUUUCUCUGCUGAAAGUAACCUUAAGAUUCAUGCAAGAAUUCACACUGGAGAGAAACCUUACACAUGCCAUGAGUGUAAAAAGAGUUUCAAAGCAAAAUCUACCCUUAACAAACACAUGAGAAUCCACACUCGAUAGAAACCAUUCAUGUGUCAACAAUGUGGAUAUGACAACAAAGCUUAGAAAUCAGCUGAGGUCUUAUUACAGGGUUCCCGCGGGGUCUUAAAAAGUCUCAAAUUCAUAAAGUUAAUUUUAAGGCCAUAAAAAGUCUUAAAAACGGCCAGAUUUUCAUCCUAGGUCUUAAAUUUAAUUAACCCAAGUCUUAAAUUUCUUACCUCCGUUUAGCAUUGUCCGCAAAAAUAAAAUGGUAAUUUAAAAUGCUGUAGAACUAAUCAGUGAAGGAGGCAGAAAGUGUUUGAUGGGCGGGCUUCUAAAAAGAAAAGUUCUGCAAUUCGCGUGUCACUGAAUCACACUUUAAUCCAGUUUUUAAUCAUUAUUUUUUAAAGAGGAUACAAAUGUAGGCUAUUAGAAUCCACGCAAUUCAUGCCAUAAGCUAUAUUUCAGGUGUUGUGUUCUGACUGUAUACUGUAGGUUUGGCGAGAAACAAACCUUAAAUGCAGUUUUUUUUAUAAGCAAAAAUCUUUUCUGUGUUAAUUUAACCAACUAGCCUGUGGCUUACCUGAGCAUUUGCCAGAUUCUGAAACAGAGGACCCAGAAGUGAAAAAAUCAACACUGCUUAUUGAAAAUCAACUUAAACAGCCAGGCUGUCGAGUCUCGAGUUAGUGUUACACAGUUUUCACUUAGGAAGCUUUUGUUUAGCUCACUGCUCCAUGCGCGUUUACCCCCUUGACUUUAAUCUGCUAAUCUUGAUGACACGGUAUGCAGCCUACAAAUGCGACCUCUGGAGGCUACAGCCUUCAGAUUUAGAAAGGCCUUGUAAGCAACACACAACAACCACGAACAGCCGUUUAAUGGUAAAUUUUAUAAGCAAAAAUCUUUUCUGUGUUUAUUUAACCAACUAACCCGUGGCUUACCUGAGCAUUUGCCAGGUUCUGAAACAGAGGACCCAGAAGCUAAAAAAAUCAACACUGCUUUAUUGAAAAUCAACUUAAACAGUCAGGCAGUCGAGUCCCGAGCCACCAACAACGAGUCAACUUUAAUGUUACACAGUUUUCACUUAGGAAGCUUUUGUUUACCUCACUGCUCCAUGCGUGUUUACUCCCUUGACUUAAUCUGCUAAUCUUAAUGACGUAUGCAGCCUACAAAUGUGACCUCUGGAGGCUACAGCCUUUGGAUUAAGAAACAGCCUUGUUAGCAACACACACAUUGUCUCGUUGGUCUUAAAUUUCACUCAUAAUGGUCUUAAAAAGGUCUUAAAAAGUCUUAAAUUUGACUUGGUGAAACCUGCAGCAACCCUGUAUUAAUAAAACUGUGCGUAGGAUCAUUACAAAAAGUCAACAUAUGCAAAAAAAACACAAGAUAUCUGUACUUGUGUUCUUGUGGACUUGUGAAAUAUCAUCAGUCGCGACCCAAGUACUGUUCCAAUUCCAAGUUUGCAUGAAGCCAAGUUCAAAUAACAUGCCCAGAUGUGUUUUUGAUCCACUCAUUUGAUCGAGGAUACAUCAGGAGGUGACUUGUGUGGACUUGUAUCAGCCAAGUUUUCCAGAACUUCAAAUCUCAGUUAGUAAAGAUAGGACCUAAUAUUAAAAUUUCCUCUGACAAUUUUGGAUAUUUGAGUUCAAGUUGAUCAGCGGGCAGUCAGUGCCGUGUACACCGCCGAGGGCAGAUUCAUCUCUGCAAGUCCUUCUGAAAUUUCCCGCUGUCUCAGUGCAGCUGCUCUGCCCUUCAGUGUCUGAUGGUCAAACAUGAAAUAUUCUCUUUGGAUAUAUCUAACUGGCAUUUUUCUGUCUCUUUAUUAUUCAUAUGAAGUCUGUUAUUUGUUGUUUUCAUUUUAACUGAUGUUAAAGUUAAGUUUCAUAACUUAAAUCACAUAUAUUUUCUAUAUAAUCUUAACACUGAAUCACUGCCUUUGUACUUUAACUAGAUUUUUUACUUGUGUUUACUUCAUGUUGUACAAACAUUUUGUACUUUUAUAAUAAACGUGUGUGUGGUCUGGUUUCGGUGAGAUUUUGGAAUUUUCUUGUGGUCUUGUGUAUUGCGGCAAAUAGUAUGCCAUACAGAACCGUUUGCCACUGAACCUGCAUUAACGACGACAGUGGGGCUUCUGGCCUUAGUCAAAUGGGUUGGUGUGUAUAAGGUCGGGUUGUGGUGAGAUUGUGGCGUUAGAGAUUGAGGUUAGAUCAAGGGUUUAUGCACUGAGUUACGAGAAAGGAGCAACUUCAGGAGAUGUAAGGGCUGAGGAGUAGUGUGGCAGAGGGUGCCAUCACUCAAUUGACCAUCCCACAGAGUCUCAUGAGUGCCUCAAGUAUGCAUUAAGGGAUAUCAACAUCAAGACCUAUACAACAGAUCUAUGACCAGCACCUGUAUACAGAUGGUUCUAAAGAUCCUGCCUCUACAAGAACUGUUUCGGCAGUGAAUAUCCCUACAUUUCAAUGCAAUAUCAGCAAAAGAAUAACUAAUAAUGCUACCCAGUAUCAUGUAGAUGCGUAUAAAUAGCACGAUUCAUAGGGUUGUAACGGUAUGACGGUAUACCAUGAUAUUAACAUGCACGAUUAUCAUCAUUCUAAAGAGAAAUAACUUCUUUUGUUCAAAUGAGGGA